AUGGAAAUCGAAGCUAAGAAGACAGCGAAACAGCCACAGAAACAGUCCAAGAGAAGGAAAUCGAACUCAGAAGAAGUUACCAGUUUGGAAUGGGAGGUCAUUCAAAUCAGUGACCAGGAGGAGGAUCUCAUUCAUAGAAUGCACAGGCUUGUUGGAGACAGGUGGGAUUUGAUCGCUGGACGAAUUCCAGGACGGACUGCAGUAGAAAUAGAGAGGUUUUGGAUAUUGAAACAUGGUUCCUGA